UAAUCUAGGCACGAACCCCCAAAAAACGCAUUACAAUGUUUAAGCUUCUUUGCAUGUUGGUCUGUGUUUUCGCGGUAGUCGCUGCACUGCCCAGUGGCAUUGAGGAACGAUCCCACCAAGAUGGACUAACUAAACGAGACACCGUCGCUUCAGCAAACGAUCAAGAAAAUGAUGCGAUCGAGAAUGCAGUGGAGUCGUCCCAGGACGACAUGGAUAAAGCGGAAACGUUUGGCUUUGGGUACCGCAAGUACAUCCACUUCUAUCCACGAUACUAUCCCCGCUACUACUACGGUAGCUACUAUCCGCGCUACUACUACGGACACUACGGUCACUACUGGUAAAGCCGCAACAAGUGGGAAUGCGUGAUUCGAUCAUCUGUAAAAUAUUGCACACUACUCGUUUAA